AUGUCCAUUCCAAAGUACGAUCAACUUCUUUCAGAUGUCAUAGCCUAUGUCUACCACACUGAAAUCUCCUCACCACUCGCUUACAAGCGAGCGCGAGUAGCUUUGUUAGAUUCUCUCGGCUGUGCAAUUGAGACGCUUGCUCAAUCUUCGGAAGCGCGGGCUUUCAUUGGCCCAGUGGUGCCAGGAACCAAAGUCCCCAACGGCUUUAAGCUCCCAGGAACGGCAUUUGCCCUUGAUCCGGUGAAAGGGGCUUUUGAUCUCGGCGCUUUGAUUCGUUACCUCGAUCACAACGAUGCCUAUCCUGGCGCAGAAUGGGGCCAUCCCAGCGACAACCUGGGUGCAAUAAUUGCCGUUGCGGACUGGCUUUCUCGCAGUUACGCAGUUGGAAAUGCCACUGAAAAACCCAUCACCAUGAAACAAGUCCUCACUGCGCAGAUCAAGGCCUACGAGAUUCAAGGGGUCUUACAGAUUAAGAACUCUUUCAACCAACAGGGUCUAGACCACACUAUCCUAGUCAAGGUUGCAUCGACGGCUGUAGUCGCGCAUCUGAUGGGACUCAGCGAAGGCCAAGCGCUCAGUGCUCUGAGCCAUGCAUGGCUGGAUGGACAUCCUCUCCGCACAUUCCGCCAGGCACCUAAUGUAGGACCUCGGAAGGGCUGGGCAGCUGGAGAUGCAUGCACUCGUGCUGUACACCUCUGUUUUCUUGCGAUGGCUGGGCAGCCAGGCACACCCUCAGUUCUGACAGCGUCGAAAUGGGGCUUUCAGGAUGUCUUGUUUCGUGGGCAAGAGAUCAAAGUGCCGAGACCAUACGGGACGUUCGUCAUAGAAUAUCACUUCUUCAAGCUCGUUGUAGCAGAAGGUCACGGUAUAUCUGCUGCAGAAGCCGCAGUCGAGCUUGCUACGAGACUGAAGGUUGUGGAAAGAACUGUCGGCGACAUUGAGAAGAUGACAAUUCGCACGCAGCAAGCGGCGAAAACCAUCAUUGACAAGACAGGACCUCUGAGAAAUCCCGCAGACCGGGACCACUGCAUUCAGUAUAUUGUCGCCGUUUCCCUGAUGAAAGGAUCCUUCAUUGACAGCGAAGACUAUUCGGAUGACAGCCCGUGGGCCUCGGACCCGAGAGUUGACCAGCUGCGAGAAAAAAUGGUAGUGGUAGAAGACGAACAAUUCACCAAGGACUACCAUGAUCAUAAAGUCCGAAGCGCAGCAAAUGCAGUCAAGAUCGACAUGAAGACUGGUGAAAACAUCCCCGAGGUCGUGGUGGAAUUUCCUAUAGGACAUCCCAAGCACACUGAGACCUUGGAUCUGGUCAAACGGAAAUUUGAGGCUAAUAUGAGACAAGGCGGUUUUAAGCCGGGGACGGUGGAUGAAAUAAUCAAUUUGGUGGAAAAUGACGAUAUUCCAAUUCAUCAUCUCAUUGAUCUAUUUGAGAAAGAUGUACGGUAUGGUUGA